AUGGCUCAUGUGCGGCGGGUGCUGCGCGAGGCUUGGAGAACCGUGAGACAAGCUUCGCCACCCACGGUAUUAAGUUCUUUUUCGAGACAUGCGAAACUGAUCGAUGAAUGGAGUUACCUGCAGCGUCCGGGACCAGCCCUGACAAGACUGGCUGCUGCAGAAACAGAGGCUGCACGAGCAACUUUUGCUGCUGCUAAAGGUUUUCGGGAAAGACUGGAGGCAGAAGCAGCAAGUCUGUUGGUUGCUGACAAUGUCGCGUCCGAGCUUCAAGGUCCGUUCACGUAUUACCAGAGGCACAGCCCUGAAGGUUUCUUGCUUUUCUGCCGAAUGCCUGUUGGAAGCGAUCAGGUUGAAGAGGUCCUGCUUGACACCGCCAAGCUCGCUGAAGGAGAGAGCUACGCAGAUGUUACUGCCUGCAAGGUGUCUGAUGAUCAUAGCCUGUUGGCGUACAUCGUGGACUUACACGGCGAUGAUACAUUCGAGUUGCGGCUACGCAGACUUGACAAGGACUCCCAAGCUGCAAAAGAGGCACGUUUUCCAGACAUCCGCAGCGUGGAAUUUCUGCAACAUCGUUCUGAUCUUGGUGAGGUAAGCCUUCUGGCUGUGCAAGUAGACCCGACAAGCAAGCGAGCAUAUCAAGCGUUACACUUGACAGUGCAUGCGACGGGUGACCAAUCCUGCAAGACGCUGUGGGAGGAGACCGAUGCAGCCGCAUAUCUGGAAUUGUAUCGGACUAAGGACCGGGCAUAUAUUCUGGUUUCGUCGAAUACGAAGGACACUUCAGAGGUUCGUCUGGCUAAAUGUGGACGGUUGGAGGGUGACAACCUCGUCCUGAAGCCGUUGCUUGCAAAGACAUCUGGUGUGGAGUACUUUGCUGAGCAUCGGGACGGCUGGCUUUAUGUUGUCAGCAAUCAUGAAAGGCCGGACUUUAUGGUCUAUCGAGCUUCUGUCGAUGAGAUUGAGAGAACAGAGGGUGCAUGGUCGUGCCUGGAGCCAGUUUUCACGCCCCCGGGCAAGUUUCAUGUAACUGACGCUGACCUGCUGAGUAGAUGGCUGGUGCUUUACGGGCAUGAGGCUGCUGCACCGAGAAUAUGUGUAGUUUCGUUGUCUGAAGACCGACGCCUGUCCGGCAAUUUGCAUUCUUAUCUGGUCAACCUGCCGGAAAUCGGAUCCGUGGAGCCAGGCAUCAAUGCUGAGGCAAAUGCGGAUCUUAUUCAGUACACCUUCAGAUCUCCAGUGGAGCCCGGUUGUACCUUCGAGUUGGAUUUGGCCAGUGGGCACCCCAAGAUUGUAAGCCGGUGCACGGUCAACCACCCAGAGCUGUUGCAAUCCUUGCAAUGUGAACGAGUGGAGUUUCCUAGCAGAGAUGGAACAAUUAUUCCUAUCACUCUCGUACGGCAAUCCUCACAUGCUGCAGGUAAUCCCGGGAUGCUUCCGUGUUUGCUCCAGGUAUAUGGAUCCUACGGCACUUGUUUCUCACCCGAUUUUAGAUCAGAGCACAUAGCUCUUCUACGACGCGGCUGGGCGCUGGCUUGGGCUCAUGUCCGCGGAGGUGGCGAGAACGGACGAGAGUGGCACCAAAGCGGACGACAAUUCAAGAAACAAAACUCCGUGCUCGAUUUGGUAGAUGCCAUGAAAUAUCUGCUCGCUCAUGGAAUUGCAACACCUGGCUGUUUGUGCUUGAAAGGGUCGAGCGCUGGUGGGCUGACUGUGGGCACGCUUUUGAAUUCGCACGCGGAUGCCGUUCUUGUAGGGGCCGCCAUACUGGAGGUUCCCUUCGUGGACACUCUUACGAGCAUGAUGGACUCAACGCUGCCCCUCACUGUACAUGAGUUUGAGGAAUGGGGAGAUCCUCAGGACAUAGAGCAUGAAGCAAACAUUCGCUCGCUGUCCCCUUUCGAGAACCUCGGAUCCCACCGCUAUCCGCCGGUAUAUAUCUCAUGCGCCUCCAACGAUGCAAGAGCGCCAGUCUGGAUGUCGCUGAAGUAUGCUGCACGCAUGAGAGCAAGAAGCAGCGGCCUCCUGGACAGACGUGGCAGCCGCCGGCGCAGCUCCGAUGGUGGCUCUGGUGACAAUGUAGUUGUCUACUGUUCGGAUUCAGGGCAUGCCGGACCGGUAAGUUGGCAGGAGCGCGACGAAGAAUUCAGCCGACAAGUGAGCUUCUUGCACAAUGCUCUUGGUCUGGAGAAGAUCUGA